AUGGCAGCAAUCGGAGCCACGUACUCUAAAAAUGGAAUGGCUCCAAUCGCUGUGACUCUGAAUGAAUUGUCCAGGAGAGCAAUUGUCUACCUGAGGGAAAGUGACCGUCAUGUCAUGUUUGAUACCUCGAUCGUGCAGGCCUGGUUGCUUCAGUCAGUUUUCGGCCUUUUCUGUGGCUCUCGGAUGCUCUAUCACCACGCCGAGAUUAGUCGUGGCGGAUUGGUCACGGCCGCUCGACGAAUGCACCUUCUUCGCCCGGGAUUUUCUUUUGUCAAAGAGCUCGAACGCCGUGGAGUCACCGCCUCUACCGAGGAAGUAGAGCGAGCACAUGUAAAGGACGAGGAGCGUUGUCGAUUAGGGUGGGGUAUAUAUCUCUAUGACAUGCAAAUCUCCGCGCUGCUGGGUAUCUCGCCUCAUUUUUCGGUUAAUGAAACUGAUAUGUCGCUGCCCUGGCAUGAAGAUGAUUGGGAAUCCCGCUCUCUCCACGCGCAUCGUGACCCUGCCCAGUCACCAAGUGAUGCAAUAGAUUUUCGUCAUGUUCUUGAGCGCUUGCUGUCCCUUGGCAAGCUGCCACAGCCACUAAACCCGUUCGGGCUCUCCAUCAUCGCGCAUACUCUUUAUAGUCUUUGCUCCGACGCCUCAUCCCUGGAUUCACUCUGUCCGGCUCAACCCCUCGGAAAUCCUUCGUUAUAUCGACUAUCAUUCCCGGCAAACUUCAAGCACAAUCCCCAGGAAUUACUCGAUCAACUCGCCGUUUGUUUUCAUUUUCUGCCUUAUAUACCGACCCCUCCGCUUGUCAGUGUUUCAGCUCUAUCUCACCUAGGCCAUCUACAGUUUACGUGGACCGGGUUUUUAGAUGAAGUCAAGAUCGCCGCAGGCAAGUCAGGGACCGAGGAGAGCAAGCUUAACGCACGCUCAUGGCUUUCAUCAAGAAUCUCUGACGAUAUUAUUGGCGCAAGAUCUAUUCUUGUGCAUGCUGGGCGACUAAAUGCCCUCCUGAUUCGAUUUACAUUUGAAAAUCCAUGCGAAGCUCUCUGGACGUUCUACGCUGCGCUGGCACUAUGGGCAAUUGUCAAAUUCGGGAAGGAAUUAAAUAUCUCGUCCUCUGGUCCUAAGCGGACAGUCGUCACAUGGUCAGACUUUGAUGAUGUUGAUGAGUGGAUUCAAUGUGGGGGCCCGAUUUCUUUCCAGGGCCUUGGGAAUCUGGCAGAAUUGUCAGAAUACAAAAUCCUGUCUACCUUUAACGAACGAUUUGAGUCAAUGUCGUGGGGUAUCUCUCUACACUUUCGCCAUGUGCUGAUGAAUCUAUCCAAAGAAACUUUUUAA